AUUUCAGCCAUAAUAAGCUAUCCAAGAUGGUGAACGUUAGUGAUAAGUUGUGUAGUGGUGGGUGAAACCUCGUAAAUUUUUACUGGUAUUUGCUUGAAAUAUGCCUGUUGGACGUAAUGAUGAUAUUCCCUUACCCGAUGGAUGGGAUAUAGGAAGGGACUAUGAUGGAAAAAUUUAUUUUAUUGACCAUAUCAACCAUCAAACUACAUGGAUAGAUCCCAGAGACAGGUGUGCUAAGCCUCAGACUUUUGCAGACUGCUCAGGAGAUGAGUUACCAUAUGGUUGGGAACAGUGCCAUGAUCCAACUGUUGGCUACUAUUAUGUUGACCAUAUUACUCAAACAAAUCAACUUGAAGAUCCAAGACAGCAGUGGCGGCAACUUCAGGAAGCAAUGCUUAAAGAGUAUCUUGUUUCUGCUCAGGAGGAAUUAACAUCAAAACAGGAGAUGUAUGAUGUCAAACAGCAGAGAUUGUCAUUAGCUCUUGAUGAAUACCAUCAGUUAAACAGCACCAUAGCCGGACUUAGUACCUGCCCAUCCACUAGUAGUCUGUGCUCCACUGGGUCAGCUGCUUCUUCUAGUAGUAGUGUCACCAAAUAUGAUCCAGAUCUUCUAAAAGUUGAUGUGGCUGUUGCAAGAGAGCGUGUAGAAAGACUGAGACAAGAGCUUAGUCAAAUAUGCACUGAAAUGCACUAUAAGGAGCAAGGUUUAGAGGUUUUGUCUCGAGUGGAGCAGCAGUUUUCUGGUCAAAGUGUUGUGUACACUAUAGAAGAAGCUCAAGCUGUUAUGGACGAAAUUCGAAAUGUCCAAAAAUCUUUACGAACUGGAAGAAAAGAAAAAGCAGACUUAAUGCAGAACUUAGCAAGAUUAAAGGAUGAUUUAGUUUGCCUGCACACUACCCCAACAGAUGAUCCUAUCUUAUGUAAUCCCAUGGAGAAAGUAAGCACUGCAUCCCAAACAGAAUUGUCAGGCGAGUAUGGCCACCUUGGUGCUCGGCUGGCCGAGAUGACUCGUAUGAGGCUUCAAUAUGAUGAAAUGCGGAAAGUAGUUCACCGAAUACAACAGGAACUAGCUGAUCUAGAAGACAUUAUGUCUCCUGGACAGGUGGAGUCUGAUAAAGACAGGCUACUACUGAUUCAGGAAAAAGAGCAACUGCUACGAGAAUUUCGAAGUCGUAUCACAAAAGAAAGAAGCCAAAAUGAGAUAGCUUCCAUUCAAGCAGAAAUUUCUAAGUUAGAAGAAGAUGUAGGAAAUGCCAGAGAAAUGUCAAACAAGGCCAUUGCAGAGAGAUUGAGACUUCAUGAACAGAAAAACAGUUUGUUGCAACAACUAAAAGAUGCAAUACGUCACACGACUUUUUUAGAGUCAAAGUUGAAAAGUUUCUCUGCUAGUACACUCUCAGUGUCAUCUAGCAGUUCCCUUGGGUCUCUCAGCACUGAGUCAUUAUCUACAAGCAGCAAAGGAUCAUUAAGUAGUCUCAGUUUCACAGACAUCUAUGGACUCCCCCCAAUUGCUGUCAGUUUAUCUCUUGAAGAUAUCCACAAACAAGUUUGUCAAAUACAGCAAGGCAGCACACAAAAUAUCAGCUCAAGAGCAGCAUGUGAUGAUUUGUCUUCUCCAGCAUUAGGGUCAGGCUUAAGAGGGCCAUCUCUCUCUCCUCGUUCAUCACUGUCAUCUGUAUCUCCACCAUUCUCACCAUAUGACCCUACCUUUGAACCAGUACAUUGGGAACGACAGCAUAGGAUUGAUAUGAAUCACAUCCAGGAACAGUUAGGAGAACUGCAAUUAGUCUCUACAUCACCAGAAAUUCUUCCAUCUAGCAGUUUAAAUACAGUUUCACUGGAUCAUCAUCAUAAGGGGAAUCUAUCUCCAACUUGUCUCCAGUCUUCAGAAGAUCUAUAUGUUUUUCCUCCACAACAGCAUUCCCUGGAACCAAUUGGUGAGACUUUAGGAAAUGCUUCACUUAGUCCCAUCUGUGAGCAUGGAUUCAAUCCUGACAUAGCAGGCCAUCCUGGCUCGGCUAGUAGGCAAGGCAUGUGUGCAGCAGACAGUGAUGAGUCAGUGGCAGGAGACAGUGGAGUGUUUGAAGCUUCAGUGAAAAAACGAGGAAAAGACAGACGAGGACAACAUAACUCUAACAUUGAAGCAGCUCAAGUGCAAGUUAAACUGAGAUAUGCUUUAGAAGACGGCUUACUACACGUUGGAGUUGAACGAGCCAGAAAUUUGAUGGCAUUGUUUGUUCCUGAUAACUACAAAGUAUACAUCAAAGUAAGCUUGUUGCCUGGAUCGUCAGACGCCCUGCAGAAGGACAGCACCAAGUUUUUAGAAAGUCUGAGAAAACCAACUAUUGGUGAAAAUUUUAGGUUUCCCAUAUCUAUGCCCAAGUUAUAUACCAAAACAUUACAAGUCAGUGUUUGCUGUGUAGCCCCUUCGGGAGAAGAGGAAUAUCUGGGUGGUGCUCAAGUGAGUCUUGCAGACUUCAAUCCAGAUAUCACCAUUACAAAGUGGUACAAUGUGCUCAAUUUUAGUUUUCUGCAACCAGAAUCAUUGCAUGAGAAAAAUCAGAAGGUUUUCGUCUUGAAAGAAGAAAGUAGUGAUGAGUCAACCAUAAUUUCAUCCCAGACUUCAACACUAACGAGAAAUCAAGAUCCAAAUAUAGUAGAAUAUGAUGCCUUAGUAACGGGAGAUGAUGAUGAUGAUGGUGAUGAAGAAAGUGAUGAUGAGGAAGAAAAUUUAGAGGAAGAAUGUAAAGAUGUUGUAUAUACAACAGAGUACCAAGAGUCACAGUAUGCUGGAGAUGAUGAAUGUGAGGAGGAUGUGUGCGAGGAAUGUUUAGCUGAGAGGCUAACUCAACAGGUAGAGCUGUGUGAUAAAGAAACCAAUACCGAAUGUGUUUUUCCUCCUUUUCGGGGGAAACAGAACCAAACCGAAGAUACUACUUCAAGAACCAGUGUUAUCAAAAGAUCCCAGACUUUCACUCCUAGUGUUGCUGUUAACAAAAAUCAGUAUAUUUGUAGAUUAAACAGAAGUGACAGUGAUAGUUCUAUGCCACUGUAUAGAAAAGGAACCACAUUCCAACGGAAUUCUGCCAGGCGUCAAAGUCUCAGAUUGAAGAAGACAUCCAAGAAUAAUCCUGAAGAGAGAAGGCUAGAAAAGCGACUAAAAAGAACAUCUAGAGAAAUCUAUAGACUUAGGAGGAAUCGUAAAAAGCAACCUGAUAUUUCAAGUUUUAGGGAAAAAAUGGCUUUUUUUACAAGGGUCAACAAUGUCAUCCCAUCUCUUGCUUCAAGUGAAAAUGUUGAAACUGUGACAUCCCAGAAUAGCUGUGUUCCACUAAACUCCAAAUCUUCCGGACCAAGCAAGCAGAACAUCAAGGUUGAUAGUGCUGACACAGAACAGCGAUUUGAAUAUACAAUUGAUCCAGAAUACGGUGUAGAGGUGUGACCCUACGACUUCUGAUCUCGAUUAUUUCACACAAUGUUACUGUACACUUAGAGUUAGCCAUUUAUAUAACUAUACUCAUGGGUUGUGAUAGCAGUAACUGGGGAAAAGACCUUUAUGUUUGAAAUCAACUGUUGUUAAAUUAUUAGGAAUAAGAUUGAAGAGUCUUCAAACCUAUUUUUAUGGAGGCUAUCCAGGUUUUUCCCAUGUGCCAAGAUACUCAUGUUUGCAGUUGAAAGUUAAUUAAGAUGCACUGUUAGAUAGUAAGCUUCCAGAUUGCAAUCUCAUUUUCUUUAAGUGUUUUUAACAUGCAGCACGAACAAAUUCAAAACAAAUUAUAUAUGUAUAAUCCUCAUUAUUUACAUGUUUAUAUGGUAUACUAAAACAUUGGUUCUAUCAGUUUUGUUUCAUGUUGUAUAUACAGUUGAAUUUACUCAAAUAGACUUCUGGACUUACACAGAUAAAGUUUUGUCUUUUGUGAACCCGGUGAAACUUUUUUAUUGGUCAACUAUUUAUAGAAAUUUAGUAAAAUGUGUUCUUAUCUUCUUUUUUUUUUGAGAACAGUAAAGAGUUUGUUGUCAAGUGUUUUGUGUGUUUGUGUGUGUGUGUGUGAAUAACAUUUAUUCAGAAGCAUGCUAAAAUCACUUCACGGGUAGUUGAAAUAUUGUGAUUAAACUUGUAAUGGUAGAUGAGUCAGUAUAAAAUUUCCUAGGAUACCUUGACUCACAAUGUAUAGCACAUGUGGCUCAGGUAAUCCUUCUUUGUACAUUAGUUAUUGAUCUGACUUACUCUUUCAUAUUAUCUGUAGUCUUUCUCAUGUUAAACUAACUUUUCCUAUUGUUUUUUGUUUGUGUGAAAGCGAAAGUAACAGUGAGAGUACAGUUUAAAUACUGCUACUUAGAAUGUACUCACUUUUUGUAUAUUUCAAUCAUUUUGUACAAUUAUUUUAAGCUUCUAUUGCCAACUGCAACAACAUGUACAUGCUCAGUUGGAGCUAAAAAUAAAGUUAUUUUUAAAUUAUA